CAUCGUUGCAAAGAUAUUGACGAAUGUGAGACUGGUACUCAUAACUGCCCCCCCGAUUUUAUCUGUCAGAAUACUCCAGGAUCUUUCCGUUGCCGACCCAAGCUACAGUGCAUGAAUGGGUUUAUACAAGAUGCUCUAGGCAACUGUAUUGAUAUCAAUGAAUGUUUGAGUACCAACAUGCCAUGUCCAGCUGGUCAGAUAUGUAUCAACACUGAUGGCUCAUACACCUGUCAGCGAAUCUCACCCAGCUGCGGCCGAGGUUAUCAUCUCAAUGAAGAUGGAACGAGAUGUGUAGAUGUGGAUGAAUGCUCAUCUUCUAAUCAGCCAUGUGGUGAAGGACAUGUUUGUAUAAAUGGACCAGGCAAUUACCGCUGUGAGUGCAAGUCUGGGUAUUCUUUUGAUGUCAUCAGUAGAACUUGUAUUGAUAUCAAUGAAUGCAGACGCUAUCCAGGUCGCCUUUGCGCUCACAAGUGUGAGAAUACUCCUGGUUCCUACUACUGCACUUGUACCAUGGGAUUCAAACUUUCAUCUGAUGGCAGGUCAUGUGAAGAUUUAAAUGAGUGUGAGAGCAGCCCCUGUAGUCAAGAGUGUGCCAAUGUGUAUGGCUCUUAUCAGUGUUACUGCCGACGUGGCUUUCAACUUAGUGACAUAGAUGGAAUUUCAUGUGAAGAUAUUGAUGAAUGUGCUUUACCUACUGGAGGUCAUAUCUGUUCUUUUCGGUGUGUUAAUAUUCCUGGGAGCUUUCAAUGUACGUGUCCCUCCACGGGUUACAGGUUGGCACCCAAUGCACGCAACUGCCAAGAUAUUGAUGAAUGUGUUACAGAAACUCACAACUGCUCUUUCAAUGAGACCUGCUUUAACAUCCAAGGAGGGUUUCGCUGUCUGUCUUUGGAAUGUCCAGAAAAUUACCGCAAGUCUGGAGAUACUGUCAGACUUGAAAAGACAGAUACUAUCCGUUGCAUUAAAUCUUGUCGACCAAAUGAUGUCAACUGUGUGUUGGAUCCAGUCCACACAAUUUCCCACACUGUCAUUUCACUACCCACAUUCAGAGAAUUUACAAGACCUGAAGAGAUUAUUUUUCUUCGUGCCAUUACACCUACGUAUCCGGCCAACCAGGCAGAUAUCAUAUUUGACAUAACAGAAGGAAAUUUAAGAGAAUCCUUUGAUAUCAUCAAGCGUUACAUGGAUGGUAUGACAGUGGGUGAGUAGUCAUUUCUACGUACC